UCAUUAAAAAAAUAAAUUUGAUCGAUUGGAAAAAGUAUACAAAUUGUAGUAAAAGACAAAAGACAAAUCAAGAGUGCCCACAAUCUUAAUAAUUCGUUCCACAAAUUUUGUCAUAAUAAACAAGAACUUCGUGCGAACCAUUGAAAAUAAGGUUACAAAUUCUUUUCUCCAAUAAGUGGUGUGUGUGUGUGUGCCUGCCUAUCAGAUAUAAAACUUGAAAGCUCCUAAAGGGAGAAAAGUUGAAAAAUGAAUCCAGCCAGUAAAGAACAUGUCCUUGCUGUGACAAGAGAUUUCAUAUCCCAGCCAAGAUUAACCUAUAAAACCGUAUCUGGUGUCAACGGCCCUUUGGUAAUUUUGGACGAAGUAAAAUUUCCAAAAUUUGCCGAAAUUGUCCAAUUGCGUUUAGCAGAUGGUACUGUUCGCUCGGGACAAGUGUUAGAAGUGAGCGGUUCGAAAGCUGUGGUGCAAGUGUUCGAGGGUACCUCUGGUAUUGACGCUAAAAAUACUUUAUGUGAAUUUACGGGCGAUAUUUUACGUACCCCCGUAUCGGAGGAUAUGUUGGGACGUGUGUUUAAUGGUUCUGGUAAACCUAUCGAUAAAGGUCCACCGAUAUUGGCUGAGGAUUUUCUGGAUAUCCAGGGCCAGCCGAUUAAUCCAUGGUCUCGGAUAUAUCCCGAGGAAAUGAUUCAGACAGGUAUAUCAGCGAUUGAUGUAAUGAAUUCAAUUGCCCGUGGUCAAAAGAUUCCCAUAUUCUCGGCAGCCGGUUUGCCUCAUAAUGAAAUUGCCGCACAAAUUUGUCGUCAAGCCGGUUUGGUUAAGAUUCCUGGCAAAAAUGUUUUGGAUGAUCACGAGGAUAAUUUCGCCAUCGUUUUUGCUGCUAUGGGCGUGAAUAUGGAAACGGCCCGGUUCUUCAAGCAAGACUUUGAAGAGAACGGAUCUAUGGAAAACGUUUGCUUAUUCUUAAAUUUGGCUAACGAUCCUACAAUUGAACGUAUUAUUACGCCUCGUUUGGCUUUGACUGCAGCAGAAUUUUUGGCGUAUCAAUGUGAAAAGCAUGUACUUGUCAUUCUUACUGAUAUGUCUUCAUAUGCUGAAGCUUUACGUGAAGUGUCGGCGGCUCGUGAAGAAGUGCCUGGUCGUCGUGGCUUCCCCGGUUACAUGUAUACCGACUUGGCUACAAUUUACGAAAGGGCUGGUCGAGUUGAAGGCCGUAAUGGCUCAAUUACACAAAUACCAAUUUUGACUAUGCCCAACGAUGACAUUACUCAUCCAAUUCCCGAUUUGACUGGAUAUAUUACUGAGGGUCAAAUAUAUGUCGACCGCCAAUUGCAUAAUAGACAAAUUUAUCCGCCCGUAAACGUAUUACCAUCACUAUCACGUCUUAUGAAAUCCGCUAUUGGUGAGGGUAUGACCCGAAAAGACCAUUCAGAUGUUUCUAAUCAGCUAUACGCUUGUUAUGCAAUCGGCAAAGAUGUACAAGCCAUGAAGGCGGUCGUUGGCGAGGAGGCUUUGACACCUGAUGAUCUAUUAUAUUUGGAAUUCUUAACUAAAUUCGAAAAGAACUUUAUUGCUCAGGGUAACUAUGAGAACCGCACUGUUUUUGAUUCUUUGGAUAUUGGUUGGCAAUUGUUGCGUAUCUUCCCCAAGGAAAUGCUUAAACGUAUACCGGCCUCAACAUUGGCUGAAUUCUACCCUCGAGACGCACGUCAUUAGGGUAGUUAUAUAUAGAUAACACGCUUUGGAUAUAUAGGAAGAAAAUAGAGCAAAGCCUUCUUCCUAUGUAAACACAAUAACUAUAUAUCUAUAGCCAUUUAUAGACGCAAACAACAAUAUUAUAAAUUUUAAGUGUUAUUAUCGAGCGAAACAUAUGGGAAAAGUCAUUGUUGCAUUUGAAUUU